UGUGCAUGGGAUAUGUGAGUGGAAUUUUCAUGCGUAAAGUCACACAACAACAUGGCGGCAGAAAUCAGAACUAGGCCGCAGACGAGGCGGCCGAUUUUACUCAGUAAAUUGGAAGGAUGUAACGGAACAGUCACAAAAGCCGUCAUAAUACCCAAGGAGGAUGGAGUGAUCAGCGUGAGCGAAGACAGAACGGUACGAGUAUGGUUGAAGAGGGAUUCCGGUCUUUACUGGCCAAGCAUCUGCCACUCAAUGCAAGCCUCUUGUUCCACCUUGGAGUUCAACCCACAGACGAGGAGAAUGUUUGUUGGUCUGGACAACGGCAACAUUUCUGAGUUCAGCCUGUCGGAGGAUUUUAACAGCCUGAAGACGAGGAGAGAGUAUCUGGCUCACCAGAGUCGCGUGACCGACGUCUCAUUCUCAGUCCUGACUGAGCUCGUGCUAAGCCUGGGCAGGGACAAGUACUUCCAGUGGCAUUGUAGCGAGUCUGGUCGGCGUCUGGGUGGUUACAAGUUGGAUGCCUGGGGCACGGCCUUGCAAUUUGAUGAAGAGACCAAGCACGCUUUCAUCGCCGACUACUCCGGUCAGAUCACUGUCCUGAAGGUGAUGGACAGCGGUCACCAGGUCAUCACAACACUCAAAGGACAUUCCGUACCAUUCCUGUUUUUCCGUUUGGAUAAAGGGAGCACCCGAUGUCUGGCGUGGGACGCGGAGAACAAGCUUCUCUUCUCCGGCAGCUUCGAUCAGUCCAUCAUCGUCUGGGAUAUCGGAGGACAGAAAGGCACCGCCUUUGAGCUGCAGGGACACACAGGGAAAGUUGAAUCUGUCUGUUACUCGGCGAGGAGUAAGCAACUUUUCUCGGCCGGGGACGACAACAACAUCGUUGUGUGGAACAUGGCUGCAAAAAGACAAGAGACUCCAGAGUGGGAGGAAAGUGACUGUUGUCAGAAAUGCAGCAGCCCCUUCUUCUGGAACUUCAAGGAGAUGUGGACGAAUAAGACAUUGGGCGUCAGACAGCAUCACUGCAGGAAGUGUGGCCACGCAUUGUGCGACAAGUGUACGCCAGAGCGUUCCACGUUACCUGCGUUCGGCUUCGAGUUUGAGGUUCGCAUCUGCAAGGAAUGUGCGGACACCCUAACAGAUGCAGAUCGGGCUCCGAUGGCCUCCUUCUAUGACAGCAAACAUGCCGUCGUUUCCAUGCACCUUGAUGAUGUCAAAGGUCAACUGGUCACAUGUGGCACAGAUAAGGUCAUCAAGCUGUGGGACGUGUCCACUGUGAUCCAAUGAAAGCUGGAGGAGAUAUGUGUGGGGCGCCCUCUAUUUUCAAAUCAGCGACCAGUUACAGGAGAGAUUUCAAGUUAAUCAGAGAUGCUAAAUAUAUAUAUUGAGAUUAUUGAUUAAUUUAUCAAUACGCUUUAUAUCAAUACUUGAUCAGAAAAGAAUUGAUCACUUAUCGAUUGCCCAUGUGUUGUGAUAAACAUAAAUUGAUCAUGUUCCUGUGAAUGUUGCUUUGACGCAUUCAUCGAUUAAUAUUGAUUUAUUGAUGCAUGAACAAAUUAAUUGAUAAAGGUAUAUUGAUUAGACUGGCAGUAAAAGUAUCUUUAAAAGGUUAAAAUAAAGUCAGUGUUGAUAUUAUUUGCUAUGGUUUUUUGGGCAUGGUUUGCUUUUUGAUGCUUCCACUUUGAUUCGAUUCUUCGUUCUACGACACUGAUGUUAACGUAGCAUAUGUUAACAUCAAACCUGCCAAACAGUGAUAUUCAAUAAAUAUGAAAACGAUCAGCUUUAAAACAAUACUCAACAACUUGUAUAUCUUUAACAGUGUACUUAUCGAAUAAUAGAGUUGCAGCAAAAACAUUUCUGCAAUGAGAAUUUGAUUAUUUUUGUUUUUGCAACCGGACUAUUUAUUAGUUUAUAAACUUUGUGUACUAAUUCGAAAUGUACUCAUUAAUUUUGAUUCAGAUGCACACCAAAUUAACCAUGGCCCCAGGUGCAGUUCUCAUUUUCUUUAAGGUUGACGCAUGAUUCUAAGAAAUCUUGUAAAGACUUGGUUUAAACUUUAGAAUUUGUUUUGAGUUUUUAUGAAUCUUUCGGAUCUUUAGAAAUUCUUCAAUAUGUUUUCAACUCAAAAGGAAAAUGUACAACUAACCAAUUUUUUGUUUGUUUGUUAUAGGGUGUUGUUGGUAAUUUUUUUUUUUUUUUUUUUAGGGGGGGAAUGCUGAUCAAAGUGCUGCCCCAGCCCCUCCCCUCUAAAACUGCACCGAAGUGGCCAGUGUAAAUAUAACAUGAAAUAGGGUCAAUCCAGUGAAAACUUUGACCCCUACAAAAAUUAAGUGUUCAUAUGAUGUAAAGAAACAAAAUUAUUCCUCUGAUAGUUUUUGUACAUAAACAACAUUAGAGUCUGCAAUAAAUCUAACGCAAAAUUCAUGAUGUCUGUUCAACGGAUACUGAAUGUUCACUAAAAAAUACAUUUGCUGUUAACUAUUUUGAUCAACAACAAAAAAAUGAGGACUACACAAUGAAUUUUAAUUGCUAUAAUUUGUUUAUUUUGGCACAAUUUAGUUAUUUAUGAUUUCUGUCGGUUGAAGAGUGAGUCGCGAGACAGAAAUUCUGAUAUUUAGAAUCUGUGUAUUACGCAGUGGAUGUAUUUUUUUUUAUAUAUGUGCCUAUAUGAGUAGACAAAUCAUAAGUUGCCGUUCAUAUAGCGAUGAAGCCCUAUUUUACUAAGUUGAUAAAUUUUAACCAAUUGACCAAUCUGGACGCAGAGUCACUGUAUGCUCAUGAUGGCCCCCAGUCAUGGCGGAUGCAUUAUACCAGCUAUCGUACAUGUACAAGGCAACUGGUUUCAGUAAAUGAAAAUCAGGCAAUCAAAAUUCAAGUUAAUUAAAUUCAGAAAUUACAAAAAAAAAAUUACAAGAACACUUGGAAACUCCAAAAGGUCUUAAAAAGUCCUUAAAAUAUUCCUGUGAGUCUUUGAACCGAAAAGCACAUUUUCCCAAUAAGUUGAAUAUUAACUCAAAUGUCACCUAAUCUUGCAUCAAAUCGAGGCACUCUAUUGCCUUGUUAUUGGACUUAUCUAAAAAUCACAAUAAUUGUUCCAAAAAGGUUUGGAAAAAUUUGAUAAAAACCCUGGAAAUCAAGGAUCAUUUUGACUUGCAAUUUACCCUGUUCUUUGUUAAAUAGUAUAAUUGUCCAAAUUCUCGUUGAAACAGGCUAUGAGGACCACUCAAAAAAAGAAUAUAAAUUAUGUUAACAACUUAAUAAACUUAAAGUGAAUGUAAAUUAACAAUCGCAAUAUGUAUCCGUUUAUUUAAUUUUGUUAAUGCAUUAGAAUAAUCGCAGGCUUGUACAUAAAAAAAGAAGAAACUAAUCAGAAAUAUGUAUUUUAUAUAAAAAAAGAUUAUUGGAAUGCUAGUGCUUCAAUAAUAUAAUUGGAAAAAAAAGUGAAUUAGGGAGUUUCAUAAUAUUAUUGUCAAAAAAUUUAACAGGGCUCCAAUUUUGGUUUAACAAUAGGUGAGCGCUAUGUCAUGUACAUGUGAUGUGAAUUUAAUUUGCUCCAUUAUUUGGUUCCUAGCUAUCUUAGUACACAGAAUUUCAAAGCAGUAGAUUUUGGCUUAGCUGUGUGAAAUUGGUCCUAGCACGUAACAAAAAAAUAAUUCCCAGAUUGAAUUUUAAAUUUAAACCAUAUAAUUUUACUCGUUGAUGUCCUUCACCCAAACAUAGUAUCCAGGUCAUCUAAAAUGAAAUCUGCAGGCAUGUAAUUCUAUGGUCGAAGCUGAAAGCAUAAUUUCAAGUGGUAUUUUGAUCUUUGAGUGCAAAGCUUGGCUGUGACUAUAAAAAUCAAAUUUUACAGAUUCAUGCGAAAAUUUGCUAUACGUAUAGGCAGGUUUUGUGAAUAUGCCAUUUUAUGUUUAGGAUUUGAUUUUCUGCACAAAAGGGGAAAGGAUUGCUUAGAAUUAUAAAUAUUGAGUAGACUAUAAUGAACCCCCCCCCUCCCCAGAAGAUACCAAGUUGUGUUUUUAAACGUAAACAAAUCAGAAUCUGUUUAUAUUACAUUCUCUGAACCCUCCCCCCCCCCUUACACUUCACAAUUAUCUAUAUAUAUUGUAAAAGUAAAGGAUAAAUAAUGGACAGAAAAGCCAAUAAAAGUUCCAUCUAUUCCAUCUUGA